GAGAGCAGCGGGCAGCCACCAGCCCCGAAACCCAGAAAUAAAGGCGAACUUAGCUUGUGUACGCAAGAAAAGCUUUACUUUGCAGAACGACAUGGUAGUUCGCGGGGAACGGCGCGCCUCUCCGGGGAUUUAAAAACAAAAGUGGCUCGCGGGUGGACUUCUUCUCGAGAGGGAAAAAGAAAAACAACAACACUGGAAAAACGAGAGCGAGAGAGAGAGGGAGAGAGACGGGGAUUACACACACAACAGUGACAAUAAAACAACACUCCUCGACAAGUGGUCUGCCUGCUGCGAGGGGGAGAAGUCUGGACAUACACACAGAAAAGAGCAGGAAAUACUGGCAAACCGAUCCGAUUGGACAUCUUGUGAGUGUUUAUUUCUAUGUGGCGUUUUGCGCGUGAACUUUAAACUCAGGAAACAAUGAAGACAUAGCGAGCGAGAACUCAUCAAGUGUGCGGAAAGCUGCUAGCCGUCCCGCUAGCGUUAGCUGGGCUGCCGCUGCCUCGGUGGGUGAAGCUAACGCCCGCUAGUGCAGCCAGGGGAGCUAAGUUAGCCGCAGCUAACGCUAGCUGGCGAGCUAAACGCGUUUUCCAGAAACUUUUGGUGUUGUUCCCGCACAGCCCGAACGCUGAAGGAUUACUGUGAGCACGGAGGGGAAGGGCAGGUUCCCUUCUGGACUUUUCCCCCUCUACGUAUCUCUCUAAUAUGAUGGCCGCGGAGGUCAGCAGUGAGGAUACGGGCUCGGUCACGACAGGGACAGGGGUGGCAGGCGGAGGAGGCCCGGAGACGGCCCCUUUCCCCUACUAUCCCAAGCCGAGCAGAGUGCGAGUCACUGAUCUGGGACCCGGGCCAGGUCCGACCCUCCGCCAACAUUCAAACACCUCUCCGGACUCACUUCCCGACAUGAGUGUGAUCUACCCCAUGUCUGGCGGAGACAUGUCCGGAUCAGUGCUGUCCGCAGCAGGGAGUGGCGGAGCAGGAGGUGGACACUCAAGCUCAGGGACAGUGGGCGGCAUGUGCUGCUCUCCCUCCUCGGAGGGUCCAGGGAGCCGGAUCUCACCCACAUCAACCGGCCCGGAUGGACCCACUGUCUUCCCCCCACUGCCGCCACCUCCUCCUCCACCUCCGGGCUGCGGGGGUCUCGGAGGCACCAUGGAUGAAAGCGACAUGCAGGAUGGGCCGGAAUACGAGGAAGAAGAGGUGGUGUUCCCCCUCUCUGCACCUCCCCCCAACCAGUGGUACCAUGGCAAGCUAGACCGAACCAUUGCUGAGGAGCGUCUGCGCCAGGCUCGCACUCCUGGCAGCUACCUCAUCAGGGAGAGUGACCGCCGGCCCGGUUCCUUUGUCCUGUCUUUCCUCAGCAUGACCAAUGUGGUCAACCACUUCAGGAUAAUCGCCAUGUGUGGGGACUACUACAUUGGGGGGCGGCGGUUCUCCUCUCUAUCAGACCUGAUUGGUUACUACAGCUAUGUGUCUUGCCUACUAAAAGGAGAGAAACUGCUUUCACCAGUGGCGCCUCCCGAGCCUGUAGAAGACAGGAGGAGAGUCAGGGCCAUACUUCCAUACACCAAAGUGCCAGAUACUGAUGAGAUCAGUUUCCUGAAAGGGGACAUGUUUAUUGUUCACAAUGAACUGGACGAUGGCUGGAUGUGGGUGACCAACGUCCGAACGGAGGAGCAGGGGCUCAUCGUGGAGGACCUGGUGGAGGAAGUGGGCCGGGAGGAGGAUCCACAUGAGGGAAAAGUCUGGUAUCACGGGAAGAUCACGAAGCAGGAGGCCUACAACCUCCUGAUGACAGUGGCCAGGGUGUGCAGUUUUCUCGUCCGGCCGUCAGACAACACACCUGGGGACUUCCUCUUUUUUCGCACCAAUGAAAACAUCCAAAGGUUUAAGAUCUCCCCCACCCCCAACAAUCAGUACAUGAUGGGGGGGAGGUACUACAACAGUUGUGAUGACAUUAUUGACCAUUACAAGAACGAGCAGAUCGUUGAGGGCUACAACCUGAAAGAGCCCGUUUCAGUGCAGCAGCAGGAACAAGUGCUGACGGACACAGUGGAUGGGAGAGAAAUUUAUAACACUAUCAGACGGAAAACAAAAGACGCUUUCUACAAAAAUAUUGUCAAGAAAGGCUACCUCUGGUUCAAUAAAGGCAAAGGCAAACGGUGGAAGAACCUCUACUUCAUCCUGGAGGGCAACGAUGCACAACUCAUCUAUUUUGAAAGCGAAAAGAGAGCCACCAAACCCAAAGGGCUGAUCGACCUCAGCGUGUGCUCAGUGUAUGGUGUGCAUGACAGUCUGUUUGGCAGGUGAGACGCCAACUGUUUCCAAAUUGUUGUCCAGCACUUUAGUGAGGAGCAGUACAUAUUCUACUUUGCGGGAGACGCUCCAGAACAGGCGCAGGACUGGAUGAAAUGCCUUCAAACCUUCUGUAGUAACCUAAGGAAAACCACUCAGCCCACUUCAACAAGAGGCUCAGACAGGUGGAGCAGCCUGGUCCUCUACGUCGAGGAGGCCCACAAGCUGCCGGUCAUAUUCACCAACCCCUACUGCAACAUCUCUAACAGUGUCCAGGUCGCCAAAACGCACCCGAGGGAGGGCAGAACCCCGUCUUCACCGAGGAGUUUCAUUUUCGAUGACUGUCGAGUGAAAUCAAACCGAUUUGAAAUCAGUUUGAGCAACAAAACGAAAAAGAGCAAAGAAAGUGACAUCUUGUUCAUGCGCUGCCAGCUGAACCGUCUGCAGAAGGGCCAGAUGAUUGACGAGUGGUUCCCUCUCAGCCCCCACGCCCCCUGAAGGGCAUCGGAGACGGGCUCCCUGCGCGUCCGCGCCCGCUACUCAAUGGAGAAGAUCAUGCCCGAGGAGGAGUACAGCGAAUUCAAGGAGAUGAUCCUGCAGAAGGUUCACGUCAUCUACGCUCGCCACGUGUGCGGCCAGGAACGCACCUUACUGGCGAGCCUCCUGCUGCGGAUCUUCAGACACGCGAAGGCCGAAGCCCCCGUGCUCCGAAACAUCAACGACGAGAGAUUAACGUGGAAGACGAAGCCACCCACGCUGUUCCGAGCCACCACGCUGGCCAGCACCCAUGAGCAGUACAUGAAGGCCACCGCCACGCCCUUCGUCCACCGCCUCAAAGACACCAUCCUCAAAAUCAUGGAGAGCAAACAGUCCUGCGAGUUGAACCCUUCCAAGCUGGAGAAGAACGAGGACGUGAACUUGAACCUGGCCAAUCUCCUCAACAUCCUGUCCGAGCUGGUGGAGAAGAUCUUCAUGGCUGCGGAGAUCUUACCGCCGACGCUGAGGUUCAUCUACGGAUGCCUGCAGAAGUCUGUGCAGCAGAAGUGGCCGACCAACACCACCAUGAGGACAAGAGUCGUCAGCGGCUUCGUCUUUCUGAGGCUGAUCUGUCCCGCCAUCCUCAACCCCAGAAUGUUCAACAUCAUUGCAGAUCCUCCAUCGUCAACGGCGAGCAGGACGCUCACGCUGGUGGCCAAAAUCGGUGCAGAAUCUGGCCAACCUGUUGAAUUUGGUGCCAAGGAGCCCUACAUGGAGGGCGAACCCUUCAUCAAAAACAACAAAACCCGGAUGAUCAUGUUUCUGGAUGAGUUAGGGGUGAUCCCCGACCGCCCCGAAGCCACAGAGCACUUAGGACGGACCUCUCGAGACCUGUCCCGGGACCUGGCCGCGCUGCACGAGCUCUGCGCCACGCCAGCGGACGAGCUCCGGACGCUGAGCAACGAGAGGGGCGCCCAGCAGCACGUGUUGAAAAAGCUGCUGGCCAUCACAGAGCUGCUCCAGCAGAAGCAGGCUCAGUACGCCAUGUCCAACAGCAACAGGUAGUACUGCCACCCCCCUCCUCCUCCCCUCCUCCCCACCUCACAUCUCCCCCAUCCCCCGCGCCGGAGUGCAGCCCAGAGGAGACCUAGCAUGCUCUGCCCUCAUCACCAUGGCAACCAGCCCACCACCCUCCAUCCUGUGUUCCUCCGACGGUCCCCGCCCAUCCCCACCCACCUCCCACCAGCCAUAGUGUCUUGUUCACCACAAGAGAGCUAUGCAACAACAGCAGCUGAGUACAAGAAACGCAGUAGAGUACUUUAAAAAAAGAAAAUCAAAACAAAAAAUAAAUAGUGACUGACAGCUGUAUGCACAAGAAACCUAUUUUUUUUUUUUUCCCCCUUAUAAACUGUGUUUAUGAUCUGACUCGGGUACAUUUCAUUUCCCUUCAUCACGAGGGCCAAAUAUUCAGAUUUCAAAAGGAUUCUUUGUACCCGCGGCGUGUUUUGAUAGCACGAGUUGCCAAAGUGUAACCCACCCACCCCCCGCUCUGUGAGAAAACUGACAUGAAGAAGCGAGUUCUCUCAGUCCCCCCUUUACUGGAAACUGGAUAUGAGCGAGAAAUGCUUUUUAUACUGUAAUUAGUGACUGAUUUAUUUUAAGUUAUGACAAUAUCUGCAAAGUGCUGAAAACCAGCAUUUUUAUGUCUGUUGUUCUUUUUUUUUUUUUCCUUUCUUUGUUUGUCUAGAUUGGAACACUCUUUCAGGAAAGAAUAUGGUUAUUUUAUAUGAAUAAAUUCUCUUGCUGGAAUCAUGAGUAUAUAAGUGAGAUGAGCUGAAUUUUGUUUUUCCCUUUAAUUGUAUCAGCUUUUGUUUUUCUUUGAUUAUUUGGCUUGUUUUGAAACUCCCC